AUGCCCCCACUUAAAAAGAAACGUAUAGGGAAACGAAAGUCUCCCUGGAUUACUUCACAUGUAGUUCAGAAAAUUCGCGAAAGAGAUUAUCUAAAAAGGCAAUUCGAUAUUACACGUGACGAUGAAAUUUGGUUACAAUAUAAGAAAGCUCGAAAUGAAACUAACAACACUAUUAGGCAGGCUAAACAUAACUACUUUAUCACUAAUAUUGAGGCUGCACGAAAAGAUCCAAGGAAAACUUGGAGACUAGUCAACGAUCUGAACUCUCGUAAAGUGAGUGAUGUAACCAGUGUCAAGAAAGUCAAUCUUGACGGUAAUGAAAUCACUAAUGCGGCUGAAAUUUCGGAUGCCUUUAAUUCAUAUUUGACCUCGAUAGGAGAGAAACUUGCGAACAAAAUACCUAGCUCGAAUGUUAAUCCCGUUUCUUAUAUUCAAUCCACACAUAGUGUGUUUUCUUUCGAGGAAAUUGGUUUGUCCACUGUAAAUUGUUUGCUAAAAACGAUUAAUGCUAACAAAGCGACCGGCCCUGAUAAAAUUCCAGGUAGAUUAUUGAAAAUAGCCGCUGAUAUUCUUUCACCCUCGUUAACCAGAAUUUUUAAUAGAUCGCUUUCUAUGGGGAUUUAUCCGACUGAUUGGAAAAUGGCAAAAGUCUUACCUAUAUUCAAAAAUGGCGAAAAAUGUGAUCUAAGUAAUUAUCGUCCAAUUUCAAUUAUAUCGGCGGUUGCCAAAGUUUUUGGUAGAACCGUUUAUGACCAAUUUUACUCCUAUCUGACAAGUAACAACUUACUGUCGAACUAUCAGUCAGGGUUUCGAGCAUCAUAUAGUACCGUUACAGCUUUAUUAGAGUCGACUAAUAACUGGUGCGUAAAUAUUGAUAAGGGAUUGCUUAACGGAGUGAUCUUCAUUGACCUAAAGAAAGCUUUCGAUACAAUUGAUCACGAAAUUCUUAUACGUAAACUCAAGUGUUAUGGUGUGGAUGACAAUGCGCUAUCGUGGUUUAAUUCCUAUUUAAACAAUCGAAAACAGAAAUGCUACGUAAAUGGCAAACUCUCUGGUAGUCGUUCUAUCUCCCAUGGAGUUCCGCAAGGCUCUAUUAUAGGCCCACUUCUGUUUUUGAUCUAUAUCAAUGACUUGCCUAACUGCCUGAACGAGGGUUUACCUAGAAUGUAUGCUGAUGAUACGAACAUCAGCAUGCAAAGUAAUAAUCUUUCUGAGCUAGAAAAUCUUAUGAAUGCUGAAAUAGCCAAUUUAAACACAUGGCUAGAGGCAAAUAAGUUAAGUUUAAAUAUUGCUAAGACUGAAUUUAUGAUUAUUGGAUCUCGUCAAAGACUUUCAACCUUUGAUAAUCAGAAUGUGGAAGUAUGUGUUAACAAUAAACAGAUUAAUAGAGUGCUGAAGUCUAAGUCAUUAGGUUUAACAAUUGAUGAGAACUUGACUUGGAAAUAUCAUGUUGAUAAUAUCACCAAGAAAGUCUCUUCGGGUAUCGGCGCUCUCAAACGAAUGAGAGAUUUUAUUACCACAGAAACUACAAUUCGAGUUUACCAAAGUUUGGUGGAGCCCUAUUUUUCCUAUUGUGCCCCUGUUUGGGAUGGCCUAGGUAAAAAGCAAAGCGAAAAAUUACAAAAAUUACAGAAUAGGGCCGCCCGUGUUAUUACCCGUUCAUCCUAUGAUAUUUCAUCAAGUUCUCUUCUUGAAGAACUUAAUUGGGAAUCAUUGUCCACUAAGCGAUUAAAGCAAAAGGCAAUCCUCAUGUUUAAUACUAUUAAUAAACAUACACCAUUAUUUACAAGAGAUGUUUUCUCCCAGUGAGAGUGUUUAUAACCUGAGAGAUUCUUAUGGUAAACUUUAUGUCCCAAAACCACGCACAGAUUAUUUGAAACGCUCCUUCAGUUACAGUGGGGCCUCUUUAUGGAAUGGCCUGCCAGAAUCUCUUAGAUCAGUAACCUCUCUCGCUGCAUUUAGGACAGGUUUAGAAGCCUUCUUAAUAAAUAAUCGAUCUGACUCCCACACGGCAAUCAGGUAGAACAGUAUCUAUAUUUCUUUUUGCUCCUUUUAAAAUUUUUUAAUAUUUUUGUAAAUAACUAUACUGAUGAUUUUCCGUGUUUAAAUAAAGUUGAUGUAUGUAUGUAUGUAUGUAAGUCAUCUCGUACAUGAAAAAAUGGGGUUUCUGAUAUAUCAUUUCAAGGGGCUUGUGAUCUGUUUCGACCGUGACUGAGCGACCGUAUGUGUAUUGAUGGAAGCGUGUUGUUCCGUAUACUAUUGCCAGGAGUUCUUCCUCGAUUUGGGCGUAAUUUCGUUCGGCAUCAGUCAAAGACUGACGAACGAAAUUAUUACGCCGAACGAAAUUAUUAG